AUGAAGGGUUCAAAAAUCGCUAUUUUCCUACUUACCAGUGCAGUGUCCGCUAGCAUACAUGGCACAAAACCUAACGGCCCAAAGUACGCGGACCUUGUCGACGAUAGUUAUACCUGCGAAAAUAUCGAAAAACAAUGGGAGCUGAGCCAUGAGGUUUUUGUGGCAUGGAAUCCCGGCGUGAAAAAGGACUGCAGUGGGCUUCAAGUUGGCCUCUCAGUUUGUGUGGAAGCACCAAUGAAAUCAACUACUUCAACUUCUACGUCAGCGACUCCCACUACUUCAGAAACAUCGAGUGCAUCGCCCACCGCCACCGGCCCACCGUUACCAUCCCCAACUCAGGAUGGUUUGGUGGGAAACUGCACAAAAUUUCAUCGGGCAGUCAGCGGUGAUACUUGUAGCAAGAUUUUAUCCAAAUAUCAGCCUGUAACUUUGGAUCAAUUCAUUAAGUGGAAUCCGGCACUCGAGAAGGACUGUUCGGGGCUUUGGUCUGGCUAUUAUUACUGUGUUGGCAUUCCCAGGAUACCCAAUGCGCCUCCAAAGGGCAUAUCAACUACCACCACUCCAAAUGCGACUGUAACUGCGGCCGCCCCCGGACGGACUCAGGAUGGUAUUCUCAGUAACUGUCGGCGGUGGCAUAAAGUGGUAUCGGGUAACACCUGCACAAGUAUUACCGCACAGUAUGGAACGUUCACUCAGGAAGAGUUCAUCAAGUGGAAUCCAGCCGUAUACCGGGAACACCUACAACAAGGAAGUGCAUGCCUAGUCCAAGCCCUACGGGCUGUCGAAGUCCUGGCCUUCCUUCCCCCACUCAACCUGGUGCCAUAUGUAAAUGCAACAAGUGGCACCAGGUCGUUCAAGGCGAUAAAUGUGACACUAUCAUCCGAAAGUAUCGAAUUUCGUUGUCCAAAUUUAUGGAGUGGAACCCUAACGUUGGAAAAAAUUGUUACGGCCUAUGGCUUCGGUACUAUGUUUGUGUUGGGGCAAAUUAAUGCUGGGCAGAAGAAUCGGUACUCCGUAGGAAGUACGCAGCAAGUGCCUGUUAGAUAUUUCAAUCUGGAAGCCAAAACAUACCACCCAAUCACCAUCGAUUCAAACGAGGAAAGCAAUGGAGAUUGUAUAGGAAAAAAGGUCUAA